UAUCUAUAUACAUAUGUGUACACGCGUACAUAUAUACACAAGUUAGCGCGUAAGUUUUAAUAAAACAGUAGAGAGAAACGACAGAGGGAACUUGACGAUUAUUCGUCGCGAAGUGUGCCGGCAUGUACGAACGGUGAAAAAAUACGGACACACAAAAGCUAUUUCCAUCGAUAUCGAAACCAGACAGUAUUUUAAAUGAGCGUAGAUAAUGAUCGUUAGUCACGUAUGUCUAUUGCGUACCGUCUAACCGUCGGUAAUCAGUUUCUGUUCGAGGCUUUAUCUUUUUUUUUCGCCACGACUGCAACGGUAUUUUUUUCGAAAAAAAAACAGUUGCCUAAAUACGUCACUGUGCUCCAACUUGAAAAAUUGGCAAAAACCUGGUGUGACCUGUGUCAUUUUUUUUGUCGUUGUCGGGUGAUUUACCGUUUGGAGAACGAAAAUUUAAAACAAACCUUAACGUUACAUCAUACAAAGCCAUCAAUUAAGCACAACUGCGCUUCCGCAAUUAAAUUUUUAUAACGACUUGUUGUUAUACACUGAAAUCUAUCGAAACUGCACGUAUACAUUUAUUACGCGCGAUUAAUUUAACGCCGAAAGAAAAAAAAGUCCUUCGAUUAAAUGUCAGAAAGCAACUCUUCCUCUCGUCGACUUUACUCUAGAUCGAAAGUGACACGAAGUACUCGUAUUCAGACACGCACACUCACACAUGCGCGCACUCACGUUCACGCACACACAUACGUACACUCACACGCGACACGUUUAAUAAAACAAAAAAAAAUUAUCGUUAUCGAUGUCUACGAUAAAUUGUUAAACCGACGCGGCGCCGAGUCUCUCAGAAUCGUCGCCGCACGGGCCGAUUUGUAAUUAACGUUUAACGUUUAAUAUUUAUUAUUUUUUUGUAAUAGCAUAUACCGUGUAUGUGUUUCCCGUCGUGAUUACCCUUGCCAUUUCCUCUUUCCUCUUUCCUCGUACUUCGAUAGGAACUUUAAGAAUAACGAAUUCUCGUGUCGCUUCUCACUCUCUCGUACCUUUUAAACGCCGGGCGCUCCGUUACGCGCCCGGCGUAUCUAAUUAAUUAAUUCCCUAAUACGUUGUACUUGGUCCGAUUGUUUAACUGCAUAUACGAGCUAAAGUCGAUUCUGGCCGUUGUUAUCUGUGAGAGACUGUGAGACACCUACUCCGCUUCUCAUGUCGGGUGACGCCGCGACGUCUCGCCCCGUGAUAUCGAGUGUCUUUCGCCCGUUGCCGCGGUAUUGCGGCGUAACGAAACAAACAACGAACGAUAUAAAAUUCAGCGUGGGAAUUAGUCGAAAGGGGAAAGAAGAUACGAGAAAAAUUUAUAAACGGGAAAACGGCCGAGCUGCCGACAGCCUCUGGCAUACCGCAGGAUUUUUACAUCGGGCGGAGACAUUAAAAUGCAUUUAUUGGAAAAUCCCUCUAUCGACGCGGAGCAAUUAAUCUCGGUGAAAUUAUAAAAAUAAAGAUAUCGUAUUUUAAUUAAAUUACGAAAAUCGUCGCGGAAACUGUAAUAAUUGGAUUAUCUCGAACACUCGGGGGCCGAGAUUCCGCGACGCAGCCGUCGAAUUAACCCCUUCCGCUCGAUACUACGAUUGUCCGGCAACUUUGCAUAUAUACGCGAUGGUCGGAUACGCGAAAGAAACGUAUCGUCGACCAAGGACUGGCUGUACAAUAGACGCAGCGAGUCGCAAGCCGCAAGACAUCGGCCAAUGACAGUCGAUUAUUAUUGUCAUAUUUGACUGUGAUUGGUCAAUUUCUUGCGACUUACGACUUGCUGCGUCUAUUGUAGAUUCAGCUUAACAGCUUCUUAAAAACGCGACGAUACUUUCACUCGGGACUCUCGGUACACGGAAAUGUCGUUUAAAUCGUCAGCUCAAGUAACUAAAUGUAAAUUUUAUCGCGGGGGUAACACGAUCGCUGAAAAGAUGCUCGCGUAAGGUAAACUUUUAAAGUAUAUAGAUCUAUUAAAUAUGCAAUUAGAUCGCAGAAUUUCUCACCGACGGAAAUUAUGUGAUCCAAAUUUGUGUGCGCGUUACGUGUUUGAUAGUAAAUUUUACAUCGUAGGAUAUUUACAUGACAUUGUUACGUAGGGUAACGUAGUUUUAGGUAGGCAAAUUGUUGUGUGAUUGAAAUAAUUUCUAUCUUCGCAUUCCUUUUUUCGUAUCUGAGAUCUCGAUGAAAGAGUUUCGUUGCACCGAGAGUCGCGCUGUACGUUAACACGCGUUGCCGUCGGGAAGGGGUUAAAGGGAUCAAAGAGCUCGUAGCUUAACCAUGUGUACACACACGCUUCUAUGCACAUUAUUGUGAAUUGUAAUGAUUAUUGUAAAUCGCGGACAGACGUUAUUAAAACGCUGGAAUGAAAUUCAUGGCAUUUCCUCGACCAAUAUGAGUUAAUAGCUGGCCUGUUACUUUUAGCGCGUAACGCGUCCAGCGGCGAGCGUGAUUAUUAAAAAACAAUUUUUCUUUUAACGUAUUACAUUUAUAUGUUAAAUACAUUAAUGUUAUACAUUAUAUUAUACGCAAUGUAUGUUGCGUAUAUUUUUUGUUGAAUUGAUUGCAUUUCAACGAGGCUGCGUUAAAUAUAAGCAUCAAUUUAUGAAAGGCGAUAAAAGGAGUAAAAAAUGUACGCGAGAAUACCAGAUUUGUGUAAAAAUUAAUUUUAACUCCUGCAUUAAUCUUUUUCCUAUUGCAAUGCAAUAUCGUUUAAAAAGUAACAACGGGACGGGAAAUUUUUUUAAUUAUGCCAAUAAAUUGUGGGAGAACGGCCAAGUUUGACUCGUCCCCCAAGUGCUGGACGCGACAUCUAAAAGCGACGGGCGAGCGGAACUCGGCGAAAUAAUUUACGAUUUGCGUACGUCGAGCGGCGACCAACGUCACGUCGUGUAACAAAGAGCAAUAAUUCUCACCCAGUUGAAGAAAAUUCGAUCGAGAGCUCUCGCGAGUGAUGCGUUUUAAGCGAUCCUCGGCGUAUCGCGGAGGGAUUUUUGCGCAAAAAAACUUCUUACGCUGAGGAUUAUGUAAAGAAGAAGAAAGAUGCGAGCGAGCGAGCGAGCGAGAGAGAGAGAGAGAGAGAGAGAGAGAGAGAGAGAGAGAGCUCGGUCGAAUCGAGAGUGAGAGAACAAACAUCGAGAUAUGUAUACGUCGCGUCAGAGAGAUCGAUUUCUGAUGAAAUGAUGCACCGCUUGCAUCACUAAAAAAAAGCACACACGAAGGAUGCAGCGCUAAUCGGAGAGACGAUCACGCGCCGUUUCGCUCCACAGCAAUACGAGACUCGCGCUCUCCGCGUGGUACAAUUUCACGCAAUAAAAAGAUAUAGCAUAAACGCGCUCUCCCCCCCCCCCCUCCGGCCACGUGAUACACGAGAUUCGCAGUUACAUAUAUUACAUAACUACGUAAUUGCUUGAGAAACGUGCGAACGGCGUGCUCCGGCGCGCGAUCGUCUCCAUUGAUGGCUCAUUUCCGGCGUCCUCCGCGCCGGCACGGGGCGAAGUCGUAAAUCACACGUUUCUUUUUUUACGGCAACGCUCCGCGAGACGGCCGCGCGGCGGAGGAGGCCGCGUUUCGCCGAAUGGGUCGUCAUUGUUUAGCGCGGAGGAGAGCAUCCCCCCCCCCCCUUGCGUUACAUCGCGCGUACUUUUAUCCAUCGCGUCGGUCAUCCCGUAAGCGAACGCGUCUCCAUCGCCGUACGUUUUCCGCUUUCGCGGAUUAUAACGGAGCUGGAUCUUCGCUUUCGUUUCUCAUCCUAGUCCUCCGUUCCGAUCUCGUCCGUUCUACCGUGCCCGCAAGGAGGUGAGGAGAAUCAAACGCAAUCUCGCACGAGAGAUUGCUCCUGGAUGUAUUUCGAUGAAAAAAUAAAUUUAAAAGUCAUUUUCGACGCGACGUAUAUCGAUUACGGCGAGGCAGCUCGGAAGUGUUGCGAGAUAAGGCGUUUUAAGUCUUACGGGAUGACGAAUAGUUACUUUUCUUCUUUUUCCCUUGAACCACGAUAAAGCUUCGAGCUUCGCCCGGUAUACCGAUGGAUUAUCGAGCCCGAAUGACGUGGAGGAGUCGAGCGUCGUGGCACUGGAGACGGUAAUUACACCAAGGUUUCAUCAACGACUCGACGGUUAAUUUUAAAACCUUUUGUAUGUUUAUAUGCAGUUAAAUAAUGUGUACAUAAUUAUGUAAUUCUGUGUCGUAAAAAGAAAAUUUAAACCGAUCGUAAAUACCUACACGUACCUCGUUAGCGGAAAGCAUGUGCUUCGAAUUAUCCUUGUAAUUUCGUAAGGUGAUUAAACGGACCUUUGAAAGAUCCUUGUUGUGUCGUUGAUUGCUGUGUCUGUACACCUAAGGGCAACUUCGGCAAACUCCGAUUAACUUAAUCGGCGAUUAAUUCAGCCGACCGAGUUGCUUAAGCAAAAUUUCGAACUUUGUAAUUCGUUAUCUUCAAUCUAACUUUCUCUUUCAUAUUCCUAAUUCAAUCUCUCAUUUUUUUCAUGCCGGGUAACAAAACUCAAUAAUCUUAUCCACGGUAACAGAAUAGUACAGAGAUUGCGUGACAAAUUAAUUGGCGAUUAAUUCGAUCGACAGAAUUGCUUAAAGCAAAAUUUCCAACUAUAUCAUAUUUCUUUCUGGUCUUUUUCCUAUAUAUUAAACAACACAAAAUUAAUAAAUAUGUAUUAAUAAAAUAGCACACAUCAUUUGAUAAAUCAAGCGGCAAAAUCAAAACAAAAUGUCCAAUUGUACAUAAUUCGUCAAUAAUUCUUUUCUUUCCUCUGUCUUCUCUUAUCAUAUAUAAAACAGAAAAUUAAUUUCGUCUAUAGUCACAGAAUAACAAGUGUUAUUUCUCUCAACUAAUAUAUGAUUAAUCGUCGAAUUAAUUUCAACAAAAUUAUUCCUUCUCUCUCUCUCUCUCUCUCUUUCGUACGUUAAUCGACAAAAGGUCCCAUAUACAGUAACAAAAAGGUGUUUCUUAACAAGUCGUGGAUUAAAUUGAUCGGAGUUUGAGGCCAUCCUAAAAACAUGAAUCCGUUCUCGCGACGCUUCCUUUUCUCGUAGUUCGUGACACGACGAUAACGGAUGUCAUUAAAUAUUCGUCGAAGAUUCCGUUCAGCGAUCAAAGCGAAUUUCCAUACUCUCGCGAGUAACGAUACCUCGCGUAAUCGUCGUGUCGCAACGAAAUUCGGUUGAACGAAUUUCGCGGCGCCCCCGCGCGCUGAGCAUGCGCCCGUUGAAGUCUCUACGGGGAAGCAUGGCCGCCGCGUAUCGCGCGGGCGAGCCCGCCGGGCAGCGAACGGUACACGCGGCUCCAUCUGGCGGCAACUCUCGCAACCCCGUAGCGAAUCGGCCGACUCCGUCGGUAAUACGGGCCGCCGCGUUUACCGACGGCGACGUAGCGCGCCGUGAGUAGCGUCGCGAUUCAUUCACCGUCCGUAUCACUCGAUGCCCGCUCGCCCAUCGGGCUUCUUUCCGUGCCUAUGCCGUUGAAUUUGGCGGUUAAAUUUUCAAAGCCCAUGUGACGGAUAACCUGCAAUGGUCUGACAGAUUGUUUUACGAUGCUGGGCACCGCCGGAAUAACCGCCGUACACGUUAAGAAACUUGGUAAGGAGCGAGAGAGGACAAUUGGUCAUUCGGGAAAUUUAAUACGAACGCACACUUACUGCGCGUUUUCCCCCUUUACCUUGGCAUUUCCUUCUUCAGGCCACACCAUCGACGAGAUACGACUGCGAGCUCUGGAUAAUGUUAUUUCCAAGUACGAUUUAGGUUUCGCGUGUGAUUGCGAUGCCGUCAGGAAGGAGAUAAUCCAGAAGCUGUUUAAUUGGUUCUCUUUCGAGACUGCACCACAGCCGGAGAAAGCACUGAAUUUCUUGUUGCGACUGUUAAAGGUAGAUGCAAAGAGUUACUUGAAUGCAUUCGGCAAGCUAAAGUUCCAAAAUGAGCUUUACGAAUUGAGGAGGAAGCUCUCCUCCGAAUGGUAUGCAAAAUUGGAUGAGAUUGAAGAAGCAGUUCUGCAUCUAGAAAGGAAUCGAGAUGCUACGGUGUGGUCAGAGUCUGAUAAAUGUCGAAUACAAACACAAGAUCGUGUUAGGUACACGAAUAACAACUGCGAGAGGGAAGACUACAACGAUGAGAAUGAUAUUUUCAAUCUCCCAUCUAUCUUGGACAAUACUACACCAUUUGACGUAACGCUGGAACAUGAGAACGGUACGCGAGUCUCCAAAACGGUAGAAGGUGGUAUCAAAUGGCUAGUAAUGCCGUGGCAGCCGCUGGUUACGUCGGACAGAGGAGUGCUCACGGCAGUUGAAGAAGCUCUUCAUAACGCGGUCGACAUUAAUCAUAUACUGCACACAUGUCAGUUUAUAACCAACGUUAUGAUGCAGGACUUUCCAGCAGAAGUUUUCCUUCAGCGUCCGGCAAUAAUUACGAUACUUCAUGGUCUUCUCAAAUCGAGCACCAACAUGUCGGAAACUCAUGUCGCGUGUAUAGUUCCGACUGUGUUAAAGACAUUGCGUAAACUAACGCGUUCUCUGAGGUUCCGCAUUUAUUACUACUGCGAGCCGUGUGUGGCGAAUAAGAAGCAAAAGUUACUGGGCGGCAAGUUAGACAGUAACGUUUACACAUCCUCGGAAGGUGGUGACGGUCCGGAUAGUGGUGUACCCGAAGCAAACUAUCAAGCAUAUCAAUCGGCAGGGACCAGCGAUAGGAGUCAGAGUGUCAGCGAAAAUGUUGACGAUUCUGUCCUACAAUUGCAGCAGAUGCUUCUGCCGGUUUAUUGUAUAGAAUCCUUGAAGCACGUUCUCACCCAAUUAAGCAUUCCUAUCGAUUCCAUAUUUCCUCUACGAAACAUCAAAUACGUCACAGAUCUGACGCACGAAUUAGUGCAGCUGUUGACAAUUUGUGUAAUGCCGAAUAUCUGGCUCUGCAACGACGGUAUGGCAACGAAGAUAAACGAUGACCUGAAAGCUCUGUUGAAUUUAAUGGGGGAAGUGAUGGAAUACUUUGGAAGCUGUAGCAAUGUAGAUUACUUGAGGAUAACGUACUUGUACCUUACUACCAUUAUUACGAGGUUGUUGAGCAGUAUCGUGCCAUUAGAGCUGGCGGACGCUGUCAUACCGAAUGCUUUGAAGGCAUCGAUAACAAGUGCUGUAAUGGACGCACCGAUAUAUCUAUUGUACCCAGCGUUGCACUCUAUACUUUUAGAAUAUGCUCGCCAAUUUCAAGGUGCUAAUCAGACAGCAUUGAUAAAACUAUUCGACGAGACCAGAGCCGUUGCAAAGUCCAUGCAGUCAGCUAUCUGUGUGUUAAAAAAUUUAUCGGAGCAAUCGCCUUCGGAAACUUUGAGAAUGUUACACGCAUCCAAAUUGAGCUUAUCGUACCAUAAGAACUUAACUGUCGUUAAAAUGGCUGUAAAAUUUUUACAAGAUAAUCCGAGGUAUUCUUUCAAUGAUGAGGAUCGUGCACUAGCAACGAAACUGACAUUGAACCUAUUAGCAAACGCAGACGUGGACGUCCGAUAUACCACAUAUGUCGAAUGCUACACCCUGGUCAAGAAUAUUCUAGGAGUAGAAUACAAUAAACUGUCGUGGGAAAAUCUGACGUUCCUGCUUGAACCAAGUGUCUUGACAGAAAUUAUUUCUUAUGGCGCAACUAGCGAGGAUAGCAGAAUAAACGAGAUGUCGAGAGACAUAUUAGUAUUUAUACUGAAAGGAAAGAUACAAAUGGGCGAAACUGGAUGGUUGAGAGCUUUGGAAGCUCUCGUUCCCGUACUGUACCUUUUGCAGUGUCAUGCUGAUACACAUACACCCUUGGGACAAUGUAUAACUAAAAUGUUUGAUCCCGAUAUUUCCAACAAUAUACAGUUGCCUUUUCUCGAGGUGAUAAAGGGCAAUUUAAGAUUUCUCUAUUCACCAGAUAGCGAUAUCCGGGAAGAAGCGUUAUGUCGGUUAAUCUGGCUCCUUGGGAAGGAAAAGGAUUCUGUCCAGAAAUUGCCACGUUUGUCGUCUUUACACGGCUUGCCUCUUAGCUCACUCUGCAUAUUUGAACGUAAAAACUUCGUUAAGCGAUCAGAAGGCAAUUAUCAGAGGAGCAAUAUGUUAUCUGUGCUGGAAAUGUUGACCGAACCAAAUGUCGAUCCGAAAAUUCGAAAAUCUGCAUUAGUACAAAUUAGCGUGAUGCUUUCCGACACUUCGUUGCAUAAAUUGUUCAUUAAUCAAGGUGGACUGCCCUUGAUUUUGGAUAUUUUCAAUAAAGCUCUGGUAGAGAAGGAUUAUGUAAAUUAUCCAGAUUCUGUAAUACCGAUAAUCAGCAUAUUAAAGUUACUCGCAUUUUUUGAAUGCACCAUACGACACGAGUUAUCUCUCAGCUCUAAUGUUCUUUUUAGUAUCGUAAGAAGUCUCUUUUUGUUUCCAAACAACGAAUGUAUAAAAUCUGAUGGCGCGCAACUAUUAUGCUUACUACUCUACAGCGAAUAUAUCAUAAGAGUUAACGAAAAAGAUGUGGAAAACAACAUUGCGUCACAUAUCUCGUUGCCAUAUAUUGUGACAAACAUGAAAUUACCGUUUGUGUGCAGAUCUCAUUGGAAAACGAGUAUACACAGGCGAUCUGACAUAUCAUUAAUUCAUGGCAGCAAUCCAAUAGUUUUAACGUUCAUUAGGCAGUAUUGGACCUGGGAAUCGAACGGUGGCGUAAACGUGUUGUGGAAAUGCUUAAAUGACUUGAAGGAUUCUGAAAUUGCGCAAAAAUUGAUUAUUCUAGAAAAGGACCUUCUUUCUUUACAAUGCAGUUUUCCACAGUAUUGUUGUCAACAGCAACUCUACAACAUUCAAAAUUCUACUAUGCACUAUAACGUUAUAUGCGCGCUGGAUUACCUCACAAUGUAUCUGAAAUUUUACAAAGUGCUGCAACGUAACGAUGAAAAGGAUAUCGAGUCACUGCCAUGGGAACAAACGUUCGAGCGAUUUUUAUUAUCACAUCCCACGAGUAAAGAGGACUGCGACUUAUUCGUGGACGUUCUAAUCUUUUUACAAUUGUACUUAAAUAUUGCAAAGAAGGGAAAAUGUUCGUGGAUUAGUAGGAUUAUGAAAAACAUGACGAGAUUGUUGGCAGAUUUAUUUAAAAACUUAGAAGUUGACAAUCAGAAUGUACAUCAAUCUAUAUUGAAAUUGGUACGAACGUGUUCAGCGAUCGAAAAAAUGCAGAAAUCUAACGACGAACCUAAGAACACUUGGAUUCGAUUUGUGGAGUUCGUUGUUUCAACGUUAUGUUUCGGAGAUCAACAGCAUUUCUACAAUCUCGCAUAUCUCGAUUGGUUGUUGACGUGUUUGACGUAUCUGAUCGGGCAAUGCGAAUGGGGAAAGCAUAAGAAUCUGCUGUUGUCUCUUUGCAACACACUUAUCGAACCUAUUGUGUCCUUUCAUGGUGCUGGUACUGUUAGUUUUAUGGGUUUAUCGAUAACAAGAAACUCGAUAAUAUGUCUUAAUCACUUGUUGCAUCAAAUGCAAAUCAAUUUUAAUAAAAGUUCGUGGAUAGUAUUUUGGUGCGAGGAGGACCGCUCGUUAAAUUGGCUACCAAUGUUGUGGCAAAAUAGAGAUCCUUUGGUUCGCGCUUCGGCUUUACAAUUAUUGGCAGGUCUGAUGAACACAGUUCAUACUGCGUCGCAGCUCUUCAACGCAAUCGCCAUGGCACCGAGCGAUUUGUGUCACACGUUGCUCCAGUGCAUCACGAGCGGAGACGAAUCUUGUUUAGUGAGAGAACAAGCGUGUAUCGCGUUUUGCAACAUGCUCAAAAACUGCAACUUUAUGACUGUUCAAUGUGAUGAUUCUUUACAACCUCAAGCUGUUCUGAUGCAUGUCGAGCAAUGCAAUAUCUAUCAUGAGAUCAGCGUUUUGUGUUCCAAUAUCUAUACGUCGACUACUUUAGAUGCGGAACAGUCAGAAUCUCAAGGAAACGACAGCAAAGCAACCAUCGUACAAAGUUUGCAAUCUAGUUGCAUUUCAUUGGUACCGCGCACCGUAUCGCACUUGUACAAUUGUCAGGAUGAAUUACAACUUUUUUCCGGCAGAGUUUCGGAAAUAACAGAUGUGGACAAUCCUUUGCAGUCAAUAGCAACGCCUUCGCUUAUUACAGCUGCUUGUAACUUGUUGAACAAUUUAAUAUUCAUCGGACAACACGAGGUGGUUCGGCAAGUCUAUGAAUAUUCCAUCGACAAGUAUUUAUUCGGGUGUCUGACCGAGAUCCCGAAGGAUAUCAGAAGCAGGAAGAGCCUGAGUCAUUAUUCUGACACACUGGAAAUGUACAUCUCCAUCUGUACAGUCUUAACAAAUUGCAUCGCGCAUAGCAACGAGUAUGCAGCCGUCGUACUUUUUUCGGCAGACUCGCUUUAUAUUCUAUUUUGUUUCUUAAAUAUCGACUUAUACCAGUCUACUGAAUCGCGCCUGAUAUAUCUGCGCAACAGACUUUGGACGGAGAUCUAUAACUUCGUGGCAGUGCUCACGUUAACGGAGGAUCAACAUUUCGAAGCCAUUCAGAGCGCGUUAGAAUUAUGCGGGCCUGAAACGGUCAUGGCUUCCGUUUGUUUCGCGAUAAAAGACUCUAUGACAGAUCUGAGAAUGAGCGCCAUUAGUUUCUUAGCUUUCCUGCUGUCCCACGAGAUUCAGAGAGAUUCCCUGGGAAGAAGUGACACCUCUUUAUUGCAAACCGUGCUCGACACUAAUGUGGCACACGUCUCGAUUGAGAGCAAGGACGGCAGUUUGCGAGACGUCAUAUCGAACGUUAACAAAUUGUCUAUAAGAAACGCGAACGUGCAUUCCAGAAAAUCAAACGAAAGCGAAAGGGAUUUGCUUACGAAAGACGACCAGCUACCGAAUCAGGGACAAACUACUAUAGGAGGCGAAUUAUGUGGACUAUUACUGCAUCUUUUCAUCGCUCACAGUUACGCGAAAUCCAAAAAGAGCAGUAAACAAUCGCAGGACAAAGAUCUUAUCGUAGGCGCCCUUGCUAAUCUACUGUGCGUGUCAAAGAAGGCAAAGCAAACGGCGCUACGGGGCAGUCUUCCCGAGACCGCGUUGAUGAUCUUAAAAGAAUUGUACGUCAAGCUGAAUCUUCAACCGUUUGAACUUUACAAAAAGCAAGCGGAGAAAAAGACUCAUCCUUUGUUGCACGAUGUGAAUUGUACCUUCAUACUACUGAUAAACUUCAUGUACGGAGACGUGCGUGUCAAGGAAAGUCUGACGAAGAAGGGCUUGGCGGACGUGGUGCACAAGUUGUGGGCUUGGAUAGCGUUGAAUAAAACGGUGUCGACGACUGCUUUAAAAUUGCUGGCGACAUUCACAACAAAGUGUAAUGCUGCCGCCCAGUCCUUAACAUUAACGACGAUAUUACCGGGGAGUGGAUUGAGGAAAACGCCAAAUACGCUUGCGUUGAUACACGUUGUCAUACAAGUAACAUGCAAAGAGAUCGAGAGAGCCGGCCAAAUUUUCGAUAAUCACAAGAUGCACUUUGCCUUUCACAUUCUGCGAAAUGCGGUGCACGUUCACGAGUGUAGAGUCUGCAUUUCGAAGAGUAAUCUUCUUCAGCUUUUCACAAAGAUUCAUCCCACCAUUACUAAAAGGAUAAAGCCGUGGCCGUUGGUGGAGAUAUAUUGUCUGGAAUUUUUAAUAGAUUUUACUUAUUACGAGGAAGGACAGUUAUGCGUACCAAAGGCCACUGAUGCUCUGGACGUUUUGAUGCACUUGGCCAAAUGUUCUUCGUCAUCGAGCAAAGUUCUCGCAAUAUCGAUAUUGCGCAAUUUAGCGUUCAACGUAACAAACAGGCCUCGGCUUCUUAGUUCAGUGGAUUUUAUCAAUCUGCUGCACGACGUCUUCAAGAAUGGAUCGCCGUGCGAGAUCAAUCUAGUUGGAUCCAUGCUGUGGUCUCUGAUCAGCAACAACCAAAAGGGAAAGCUUAUCGCGCGAAGCGCCGGGUUCUCGCAAAGCAUUCGGGAGGCCCUCGGCAGAUUUACGUUGUCGAGUAUCGACGCCAGUAAACAGGAGCGAGAACUAGUCAGGGUUCUGCAAUACGUGCUCACCAUUCUCAGUCCGGUCGAAGUGAAGAACAGUGGCGUGCAACCUAGUUGAUACCUCGACGAAUGACCAAAUGUUGUACAUACUUAUUUCCGAACAACGUUAGCUUGUAAAAUAAUUCAAUUAUAUUUUUUAUAUAUGGAAUAUUGUAUAGUUACAUUGGAGUGUGCGUUUUUAAAUGCUGCGCUAAUGCAAAUUGUCAGUGUAGAUACACACAUGUUUUUGGAUAAAUAUUUAACGUCAUUA